AAGCAUGAAUAAUAGCUUAAUUAGCCUUUCUGAUAUGGGAAAAAGAUGGAGUACUUAUUAGUGGCAUCUUGCUACUAGAAACUUUUGCUAGGCUCCGGGAUUGAGAACAACAACAGAAGAUUGCUAGUUUAAAAUUCUAUUCCAACAGAAGAGGAAAGGCAAAAGAGCGAGAAAAAGAACAAGUAUGCAGUGCAUGAAGCUUCUCUGGUUCUCAUCUAUUCCUUCACAGCUGUAUAAACCACUAGAUUCUGAGCCCGAUAACCCAUUGAAAUUUAACCCCAAAGUUCAACUUCUGCGUAGCUCAAAACCCUGUAAUGCCGCAAAAACUGAUGAAAAUGAAAAUGGCCAGAAUUCAGUAAAGACUCUACCUUUACCUUCCCAUGUGAAAUCCAUCACAAGCACAUCAAACCCAUUUGUGAAGCAUUGUUUAAAGCUUCGCCAGAGCUCUUCUUAUCGCCACUCUCAUGGCUCAGUUAUUCUGGUGGGCUCUACUCCUAUAAGGGAGCUACACAGAUUUCAAAACAAAAUUGAAGAUGGACUUGCUGCAAUAGAAUGCUUACUUGUGCUUGAUAACACUAAUGUUCCUGAAUACUUAAAUAAUCAGUCAAUUCGACAUGUCAAUGUUAGUUCACUGGUGAUGAAGAAACUUUCUGGGCUGCAAUCAACUGAUUCCAUUGACAUGGUUGCGCUAAUAAGAAUUCCCUCAACAUUUCAAAGCAUUGGUAGUUAUCUGAAAGAAGAAGAUUGUCAUAAAUGGUUCCCAUCUCCUUAUCGGAUAUUAGUCCUAGAUGGAGUUCAGGACCCUGGUAAUCUUGGCACGCUUCUUAGGUCAGCUAUGGCCUUUAGAUGGGAUGGUGUGUUCUUACUUUCUGACUGUUGUGACCCAUUCAAUGAUAAAGCCCUACGAGCAAGUCGAGGAGCCUCCUUUCAGCUUCCUAUAGUUUCUGGUGGUUGGACACAUUUAGAUGCUCUAAGAAGAGUUUUUCACAUGAAGAUUGUGGCUGGCCAUCCUGCAAAAGGUGCGGAAGCAAAACCAGUUUCUUGCCUUUCUCAAGACUAUGCAAACUCUUUAGUUGAAGCUCCUUUAUGCCUCGUUUUGGGCAGUGAAGGAAAUGGUCUUUCUGAAACAAGUAAACAAGAAUGCGAGCUUGUAAGCAUUCCAAUGGCAGGGGAGUUUGAGUCUCUCAAUGUUUCAGUAGCUGGUGGGAUAUUCCUCUACAUGUUACAGCCCAGGAAGAUUUAAUCUUGUUUCCUUAUGUAAAACGGGCGUUACUGAAGCGAUUCAGAGUGGAGUACAUUGCAUCACCAUCUGAUUUUCUCAGUUGUUUCCAGACCAACGGCAGCAGAACUACGAAAAAAACAACCAUUUCGCAUCCUUCUCUGAAGAAAUACAUACAGUUGGCAUACUUGUAGUAUGUCAGAUUUGUUUGAGGAUUCCAACUUAGAAAUAGAAAAGAGGAAGAGUCAGGAUAGCGUUUGUUUAAAUUUGAGGAGUUUCAUUAUUAGUUUUUACAUUGUCAAGCAUGGCACAGGGAUCAAGUAAAAUGAUAAUUUUUGAG